UAAAGCUGUAUUGAGUGUUUGGGAACACACAUCUCUUCCUAUGGCUCGAACACUUCGCGUCUCAUGGCUUUUCUUCAUGCUUAUUUUCCUUUUGGUGGGACUGCAAGGAGAACCAGCACAGAGACCAAACCAGAGGAGCAUCAGCAAUGAACAGCCUCGUAUGCUGUCGGAUGACGGUCACCUCGUCUUCACAACUGGUCAAAAUAAAGAAAUCCGCUUCCAGACAUCAGCAUCAGGACGCGUUAAAGUGAAUAACGAGGACCUCACACAACUUUUGACUCAGAUAAAAACCAACAAAGAAGACAUUAAUGAUAUCAAGGCUAAUGGAGGUGCUGUUCCCCCUGAAAUCACCAACAAACUCAACCAGCUUGAUACCAAGGUUACAGACCUUCAGCACAGAGUGGCAGCAGUUGAAGUGACAGUCAGCAAGGUGUCCUGCACCAGUAAUCCUUGUCAGAAUGGAGGAACAUGUCUGAAUCUACUCAACUCCUUCCACUGUGUGUGUCCAACCAACUGGGCUGGUCCUAACUGUGCAACGGAUGUGAAUGAGUGUCAGGUGUAUUCAGGAACAUCUCAGAGUUGUCAGAAUGGAGCAACUUGUGUCAACACACCUGGAUCAUUCACGUGUACCUGUCUUCCAGAAUGGUCCGGGCUCCUCUGCUCAGUGCGAUAUGAUGACUGCAGGAAUGCAGGACAGGACUUGUGUGUACAUGGUACAUGUAUUGAUGCAGACCGAGUCGUGGCUGGACAGCCCAAAUAUCAGUGCAUCUGUGAGAGUGGCUGGGAGGCUCCGGCUGGUAACCCGUCCUGUGUGGCUGAUGUUAAUGAGUGUAACCUCCCCAACAAACCCUGCUCCACCAACCCUGCUGUUCCCUGCUACAACACUCAGGGUUCCUUCUACUGUGGAACCUGUCCAGCUGGUUGGCAGGGCAACGGCUACAGCUGUCAGGAUGUGGACGAAUGUUUGACCAACAAUGGUGGCUGCUCUAAUGCUCCAGUGGUGCAGUGCCUGAACACCAUGGGCUCCUUCCACUGUGGCCCUUGUCCUCCAGGUUAUGAGGGUAAUGGGAUAACUUGCACUCAGACCAAUAUCUGUGCGAGCAACAAUGGAGGCUGUCAUCCUCUUGCUACUUGCUCCUCCACCGCAGGCACAAGCCUCCCGAUAUGCACCUGCCCUCCAGGCUACAUAGGAAACGGUUAUGGACCGACUGGUUGCACCCAGACCAGCAACAUCUGUCAGACCAACAACCCCUGUGUCAAUGGACAGUGUGCCACCACCUCAGCUCCUGGCUAUAUCUGCAACUGCAACUCUGGCUGGCAAGGAGUCAACUGUGACCAGAGCGUCAAUGAAUGCUUGAGCAACCCCUGUCAGAAUGGAGGAACCUGCAAUGACGCCGUUAAUGGAUUCACAUGUACCUGCACUGCCCAGUGGACUGGCCCACUCUGCCAGACGGCACAGCAAGUGUGUGGAGGUUACCUGAGUGGCCCUGCUGGUUCCUUCAGUUAUCCCAACACACCAGGUCAUGAUGAGUAUGAUCACCAGGUCAGCUGUGCCUGGGUGAUCCGCAUCGAGCCAGACAAGAUUCUGCGUAUUACCUUUCCUUUCUUUCACCUGGAGAACAGCGCCAACUGCAACUACGACUUCCUUCAGAUCCAUGACGGGGACAGUGCCUCUGCUUACAUGAUUGGAAAAUACUGUGGUGAAAAUAACCCACAGGAGCUCUUCAGCUCCCACAAUUCUUUGUACUUCUGGUUUCGCUCAGACCACUCUGUCAGUGCUGGUGGCUUCACUGUUGCUUGGCAGUCUCAGGACCCAGUUUGUGGAGGUGAACUCACUGCCCCCUUUGGAAACAUUAACUCACCUGGUUACCCUGGAAACUAUCCACCGAGCCGAGACUGCUACUGGACAGUGACAGUGGAGCCCAGCCUGCUCAUUACCUUUGCAUUCGGGACUCUCAGUCUUGAGCAUCACCCUGACUGCAAUUUUGACUUUCUGGAGAUCCGGGAUGGUCUACUACCUGAGGACCAAGUUCUGGGAAAGUACUGCAGUACUGCAUCACCUCCUCCCUUGCAGACCACCGGCCCAAUGGCAUGGAUCCACUUCCACUCUGACUAUAGUGUCUCUGACCGAGGCUUCCACAUCGUAUACACAACAUCACCAAGUGACCCUGGUUGUGGAGGUACCUUCACUGAGAGUGAGGGCGUCAUCAUCUCCCCUAACUGGCCCAACGACUACGCCCACAACCGCCAGUGUAUCUAUUUGAUCAGGUUGCCAGUUGGUGAGAAGGUAUCCCUCAACUUCACUGACAUGAACGUGGAAUCUCACAGCACCUGCACUUUUGAUUACGUGGAGGUUCGUGAUGGCAGAAUGGAAACUGAUCCUCUAAUAGGGAAGUACUGUGGCAGCUCCCUGCCUGCUCCCAUCCUCUCGUCCUCCAACUCUCUGUGGAUUCGUUUCAGGUCUGACAGUUCAGUCAGCCGGGCUGGUUUCAGGGCCGUCUACACAGUUGCUUGUGGAGGUACUUUGUCUGGAACUGGGGAGUUACGCUCUCCCUUUCACCCCAACUCUUAUCCCCACAACAAGGUGUGUGAGUGGGUCAUUAACCAGCCAGAGGGCUAUGUGGUCACCCUCAACUUCCUCUCAUUUGAUGUCGAGGGAAACUCCUGCCGUUAUGACUUUGUUGAAGUCAGGGAUGGCUCCACUCCUAGCUCUCCUCUAUUGGGAACAUUUUGUGGUGUUCAGAUGCCUCCUCGGCUCCAGUCGACUCAGAAGUCUAUGUACAUCCGCUUCAAGACCGACUCCUCCGUCAGCAACCACGGCUUCGAGGCAGCCUAUGGCUCUGCCCUGGAAGGCUGUGGUGAUACCCUGACCAGUCCUUCAGGCACCAUCACCAGUCCUGGCCACCCCACCAGCUACCCCCAUGGUGCCAACUGUACCUGGUUCAUCAGUGUAACCCCUGGCAACCUGAUCCGGCUCUCCUUUGACUCCUUCAACCUGGAGUACCACGUCAACUGUAACUUUGAUUACCUGGAGGUGUACGACAAUGGCACUGUGCAGACUGGAACCAAGAUCGGCAGGUACUGUGGGCGUUCAGUGCCUCCAUCCAUCACCAGUACUGACAGCGUGCUGACUCUGCUGUUUGUGUCGGACACAAGUUUAGUUUCAGAGGGAUUCUCUGCAAACUAUGUCUCAUUCAAUGCCACCACAGACUGUAGUGAGACCUUCACCGCCCCUACGGGGUCCUUCUUUUCACCCAACUACCCUGCCUACUACCCCAACAACAGAGAUUGCAUCUUCAAGAUCAUUGUGCAAGUCAACAUGCAGAUCAUGCUGAACUUCACUAACUUUGACCUGGAGGGCUCCCCUCCUAACUGUAACUUUGACUUUAUCGAAAUCAGGGAUGGUGGCUUUGAGACGUCUCCCCUGAUUGGACGGUACUGUUCUAAUCAGAGGCCUCCGGUCCUGGUUUCCCAUAGCAACCGCCUUUGGGUUAGAUUCCGCUCAGAUAGCAGCAUCACACGUCCGGGAUUCACUGCCCACUGGGACGGCACAGAGACUGGCUGUGGAGGGAUGUUGACGACAGCAUCUGGAGGCUUCUCCUCCCCUAACUACCCGUUGCCCUACCAUCCUAAUGUUGAGUGCUACUGGACCAUCAGGACCAGCCAGGGCAGCCAGCUCCACCUCUCCUUCCCUGAUUUCCACCUGGAGUCCAGCUCCACCUGCUCUUUUGAUUACCUGGCUGUGUAUGAUGGGAACAGCAGCAGUGCUCCAGAGCUGGCCAGGUUGUGUGGUGCUCAGCUGCCCAGCACCAUCAACUCUUCCAGCAAUCAGCUCUUCGUCAAACUACGCACCGACAACAGCGUUGCUGCAGGAGGAUUCAUUGCAUCGUACAGCUCCAAAUGCCGUGACAUUCUUAUCUCGGGCAGACCCAGAGGAGUUUUGGAGUCACUGAACUUUCCCAACAACUAUGCAGAAAACUCGUACUGCAGCUGGACCAUCCAGGCCACCACUGGAAACACUGUCAACUACACCUUCACUACCUUCCAGCUGGAGGCCACCUCCAUCAGUUGUAACUAUGAUUACCUCAAGCUCUAUGAUGGACCUAACACACAAGGCCGUCUCAUCGGUACCUUCUGUGGAUACACCCCGCCCCCGGCCAACACCACCACCAGCUCAGCUCUCACCGUGGUCUUCAGAUCAGACAAUUCUGUGUCCCUGUCUGGCUUCCAGAUGAUGUGGUACCAGAAUGGUUGUGGUGGGGAACUCUCUGGUUCCAGUGGCUCAUUCAACAGCCCAGACUACCCCAACAGGUACCCAGAGAACAGGGAGUGUAUCUGGUAUAUCAGCACAGCAGCUGGCAGCAGCAUCACCCUCACCAUCCACGAGUUUGAUGUGGAGUUCCACCAAGACUGCAACUACGAUGUGCUAGAAGUGUAUGGGGGCCCAGACCUGUUGGCCCCUCAGCUGACCAAGCUCUGCAGCACCACAACCAGCCCCAUGCAGGUCUCCAGCACUGGCAACCUGCUCACAGUUCGCUUCAAGUCUGAUGAAUACGUCAGUGGUCGAGGGUUUAAUGCAAGCUGGGCUGAAGUUCAAGGAGGCUGUGGAGGCCCAGUCACUGCUCCGUCAGGGGAGAUCCACUCACCUUCCUAUCCCAGCAGCUAUCCCACCAACGUGGACUGUUCCUGGGUCAUCAGCGUGACUCCCAAUCACCGAGUCUUCUUCAACUUCUCCGACAUGGACAUUGAACCUCACAGCAGCUGCUCCUGGGACUACGUGGCUAUCCAUGAUGGUCCAACCAUUUCUUCUCCUCUGCUUGCUCGUGUGUGUGGCACCAGCCUUCCUCCCUCCAUCACCUCCACCCAGAGCACCAUCUAUGUCCGCUUCAGGUCCGACUCCAGCCGCAACCACCGGGGUUUCAGCGCUCGCUUCUCUGAGGCUUGUGGUGCAACCAUUACAAGCGAUGAUACUGGUGGGGCCAUCGCCUCGCCACGGUACCCGUCACCAUAUCCAAAUAAUCAGAACUGUAGUUGGAUCAUCAGAGCUCAGGAACCAUUCAACCAUGUGACCCUGUCGUUCACUGACUUUGAGUUAGAGAUGGUUUACUCCAACUGCUCACAUGAUGCUGUCGAGAUCCUGGAUGGAGACAACUACCAGGCGCCUUCUAUAGGGCGCUACUGUGGCACUGAACUACCUCACCCGGUAACAUCCUUCAGUAAUGCCUUGGUGGUCAACUUCAUCUCCGACCAGUCCGUCUCCAGAAAAGGGUUCAGAGCCACCUACUCAGCAUCCACCUCCAGUUGUGGAGGAGAUCUAAUGAUGGAGAGUGGUGCAUUUAACAGCCCCAACUAUCCCGAUGCUUAUCCACCUAAUGUGGAGUGUGUGUGGACCAUCACAAGCUCACCAGGGAAUCGUCUUCAGCUCUCAUUUAUUAUGUUUCACCUGCAGGAAGGCUCUGGCUGUCAGAAUGACUAUGUGGAGAUCAGAGAGGGAGACUCCACCGGGCCUCUGGUUGGUCGCUUCUGUGGGAACUCCCUCCCCUCCAACUACACGUCUGUGAUCGGUCAUGUCCUCUGGGUUAAGUUUGUGUCAGAUGCGCUCAUCAGCGGAGCAGGAUUCAGAGCCACCUUCUCACACUUGUAUGGAAAUGAUUUGGUGGGGGAGUCUGGUCAGAUAGCGUCCCCACUCUAUCCCAGGACGUACCCCAAUAAUGCCCAUUAUCGCUGGACCAUAACUGUGGAGGGCGACAGCUAUAUCCAGAUCCGCUUUCUGGACAUGGACAUAGAGGACCUGCAUGACUGCUACUAUGACCAUCUCAAAGUUUUUGAUGGCCCCAGUGUCCAUUACUACCCCAUGGGAACAUUCUGUGGUCUGGGCCUGCCUCAUCCACUAAGGAGUUCUGGCAGCACCGUCACCCUGCAGUUCGUGAGUGAUACAGUGGUGGGAGGACGAGGUUUCCUGGUGGAGUGGACUGCUGUCCAGGACUCUGGACCGCCACCCACUAUCCCACCAGGUGCAUGUGGUGGAGUGCUUAUGACAGGAGAAACUCCUGGCUUCCUCUUUUCUCCUGCCUGGCCUGAAAACUACCCUACUGACCAGGAAUGUACCUGGCUGAUACGUUCUCCAGACUCAACUGUGGAGCUGAACAUCUUGUAUGUGGACAUGGAGGACUACCCCAACUGCUACUUUGACAGUCUGGUCAUCAGAGACGGUGCGAGCAGUCUAUCCCCCCUUCUGGCCACUGUGUGUGGUCGGGAACCUCCAUCUUCUCUCCACUCAACAGGAGACUCCAUGUACAUCCACUUCUCCUCAGACAGCAGCGUCAGUGGCCGAGGCUUUAAUGCCUCAUACUCCAAAGGUUGUGGUGGCCUCUUCCAUGUGGACCGCGGCGUGCUGAGCAGUCCCCGCUACCCCCAGAACUACCUGCCUGGUCAGGACUGUAGCUGGCAUGUGAUGGUGACGCCUGGCUUCAGGGUGUCAGUCACCUUCCAGAGCCCCUUCCAGAUUCAAGGCUAUGGAACUGGCUGCAGUUCAGGAGACUACCUGGAGGUCAGGAAUGGUCCCGAUGGUUCAUCUCCACUACUGGGGGGCCGUCUCUGUGGUUCCAGUCCACCAUCCCUCCUCCAGUCUACUGACAACCACCUCUUUAUACGCUUUGUGUCUGAUGCCAGCAAUGAAGCCAGUGGCUUUAAGCUGACCUUUGAGGCCCACAGUCAGGCAUGUGGAGGUUUCAUAGAGCUGGAUGAUAAUGAUCCACCAGGGUACAUCACUUCACCUAACUACCCUCAGAACUACCCCCAGAACAUGGACUGUGUCUGGGUCAUAACUGUGCCGAAUGGAGAAGCUGUGCAAAUCGACUUUGAGGACGAGUUCUACAUUGAGCCCACAUCCAGCUGUGUGUAUGACUACUUGGAGUUGCGUGACGGCUCGACUCUCAACGAUGGCUUGAUUUCCCGCCUCUGUGGCAACACCAGACCAUCCACCCAACAUUCAACAGGUUCCUCCAUGCUGCUCAGGUUUAGAACCGACACCAGCGUCACGCACAAAGGCUUCAAGGCAAAGUACUCCAUAGCAUUAUGUGGAGGUACCUACAUAGGUCAGGGAGGGACGAUCCGCAGCCCUGGCUUCCCAGGAUCCAACUAUCCUGACAGCUCUAACUGUGAGUGGUACCUGGAGGGCCCCACAGGACACUACCUCACCCUGAGCUACGACAGCUUCAGCCUGCAGAGCUCUUCAGGAUGCUCUGCCGACUAUGUGGAGAUCAGAGAGUACAAUGCCUCAGGGCGCCUACUUGGCCGACACUGUGGCAGUAACGUCCCGGCUUCUAUCGACACAUCCGACAGUUUCGCCUACGUCAGAUUCGUCAGUGACACCAGCAGCAAUGCACCUGGCUUCAGCCUGACGUUUGAAGCCAGCGUUGAAGUCUGUGGAGGUGAGCUGAAUGCUCCCUCAGGAACGAUCUCCUCCCCCAAUUACCCCAACCUGUACCCACACAGCCGGCUGUGUCGCUGGGAGCUGGUGGUGUCACCGGGUCGCCGGGUCACUCUCACCAUCAAUGACCUGCAGCUGGAAGACUCCGGUACUUCCUGUGUAUAUGACUAUGUUGAGAUACGGAACGGUUUGGCAGCUGAUGCUCCUCGCCUGCAGAGAUUCUGUGGUACGGUACCAGCAGGAACUCAGGUCCACUCCUCAGGCAACACCAUGACUGUUCUGUUCCGAACCGAUUCUUCUGUGUCCAGUGGUGGCUUCAUGGCGUAUUAUUCCUCUGAGCUGCCUGCAGUGUGUGGUGGAGUCCUGAACAACCCAGCAGGCGGGAACUUUACUUCCCCUGGGUACCUGGUGUCCAACUACAGUAGCAACCUCAACUGUGAGUGGCUGAUCCAGAACCCACAGCACGUCAAUUCCUCUGUUGUGGUGCUGAUAGAAGACUUCCACCUGGAGCACCACCAGACCUGUGACUCGGACUACCUCCAGUUCCGCUUAGGUGACUCAGAUGGGGAGCUCUUGGCCAAACUUUGUGGGCAAACUGCCCUCAACAUUCCCAUUGUGGUCUUUACCCCAGAGCUCUGGGUCCAUUUCCAGACUGAUGCCUACCAGGGAGACCUGGGCUUCAAGGCCAAGUACUUGUUCUCUGAGUGUGGAGGCUGGCAGACAGGUGAAGGAGGGGUGCUAUCCAGUCCUAACUAUCCCAACAUUUAUCCUGGUCCCAGUCGAUGUGCGUGGCUGCUUGAGGCCCCAGUGGGCCACACUAUUAAGCUAACCUUCAGCUACUUCAACCUGGAGCCCCACUCUCAAUGUGGCUGGGACUCUGUCACCAUCUUCAAUGGAGGAUCCCCUGGCUCCCCUGUUAUUGGCCAGUACUGUGGGACCACCUCCCCGGGAACCAUCCAGUCAGGAUCCAACAAGCUAGCUGUAGUCUUCCUGGCAGAUCAUAGUGUGUCCAGAGGAGGCUUUCUGGCGUCCUGGUCUGCUGAUUCCUCAGGCUGUGGAGGGGUGAUCCAUGCUGAUUCAGGGUCAUUCAAGUCUCCAAACUAUCCCCAGAACUUCCCUGCCAAUGUUGAAUGUUCGUGGCGUAUUAUUGCCCAUGAGGGGAACCACCUGGAGAUGAGCUUCAACAGUGAUUUUCAGAUUCCAGACAGCACGGGGACCUGCCAGAGCAGCUAUGUCAAGGUGUGGUCAGGUCAAACCCAAAAUACUGAGGCUCUGCUGUCAACAGGCUGUGGCUCAGUGGCCCCAGCCCCCAUCAUUGCUCCAAAUAACAUCAUUACAAGCCGGUUCCAGAGCACUGGAUCCCCUGGGAGAGGUUUCUCAGCCUCAUUCAGCACACGGUGCGGCGCAAACUUCACAGCUCCCGAGGGUCGUGUGGUUUCUCCAAAUUAUCCAGCAGACUAUCCUAACAACUCCAAUUGCAACUACACCAUCGAUGCUGGAGAUCAGACUGUGGUCGUACUCACCUUUCAAUCCUUCCAAGUAGAAGCCCAUUCCACCUGUCAGUAUGAUGGAGUUAAGAUCUACAGCCUGGCUACCGGUUCUAUUACUGCCACUGUGUGUGGUAGCAGCAUCCCGGGGCCCUUCUUCACCUUUGGCCCCAUGUUACUCAACUUCUACUCUGACUCUGUAGUCCCUGACAAGGGCUUCAUGGCAGAAUACAGAGCCAUUCCAUGUGGUGGUUUCUUCAACAGCACUAUGGGUACAGUGAGCAGUCCAGCACUCUCCAUGACCAACUACCACCACAACAUCAAUUGCACCUACCACAUCAUGGUCCGGGCAAACAGAGUGGUGGAUCUCAAGUUUAACACCUUCCACCUGGAAGCAUCUUCCUCCUGUCGUUAUGACUAUGUUGCGGUGUAUGAUGGGCAGGACACCUUGGCACCUUUGCUGGGGAAAUUCUGCGGAGCUGUCCUCCCACCCAACUUGCGCUCCACUACCAACCAGCUGUUCAUUGUCUUCAGGACAGACGCCUCAGUGAGCGGGGUUGGCUGGAGGGCUGUGUACAGCGAGACACUUGGUCCAGCACAGGGAUGUGGUGGCUACUUGUCCAUGCCGAUGGGCAUGCUUGGCUCGCCAGAUCCAAACCUGGACGGGCGCUAUGAACCCAAUAUGGACUGCAUGUGGACCAUUGAGAUGCCAGUCAACAAGGCUAUCAACCUGACCUUUACCUCCUUUGAACUGGAGAGCUCCUCUACUUGCCGCUACGACUAUGUCAAAGUGUAUGAUGGUGACAACAUUAACUUCCCUCUGGUUGGAGCAUAUUGUGGAAACUUCAUCCCUUCUUAUUUUGUAUCAAGUGGAAACUUCCUUACCGUUCACUUCGUCACUGAUAACUCAGUACAUAGACGAGGCUUCAAUGCUACCUACAGAUCUGUGCCAUUGGUUUGCGGUGGGACUGUGAAUGCUACGACCAGCGUUCAGACCCUGACCUCGCCUUCCUUCCCCAGUACCUACCCUCCUUACACAUCCUGCCGCUGGAUCCUGGACGCUCCGGCCCAGGAAACCAUCCGGGUGUCCAUUGGGACCUUUGUCCUCCAGCCCAGCCAGAGCUGCUCCACAAACUACCUGGAGAUGAAGGACUGGCCUCUGGGAGAUUAUGGUCAGUCACAUAAAUUCUGUGCAUCAGAUGAGCAUCCUGUAGACUUCUACAGCUACGGCAGAACAACCCUCGUACAUUUCAAAUCCGACGCUUUCAUCGCAGGAAACGGCCUGAGUUUCACCUUUCAGAUUGCUGGCUGUAGCCGAACCUACGAACAGGAAUAUGGCUAUCUGAAGAGUCCUGGCUGGCCCGACGUUUACCCCCACAACAUGGACUGCAUCAUCAUCCUGAAGGCUCCACAGAACAGCUACAUCUCCUUCUUUUUCAACAGUUUUGAUGUGGAGAGCCACAGCCAGUGUGAAUUUGACUAUCUGGAGAUUCGUAAUGGCAGUACAUCAAGCUCACCACUGAUUGGUCGUUUCUGUGGCAACACCUUGCCAAGCCCCAUCUUUCCACAAUCCAAUCAACUCUACUUACGCUUCAAGAGUGACUACUCCGCCAGCCGUGACGGCUUUGAGGCCACGUGGACAUCCUCCCCUCAUGGUUGUGGUGGUACUCUGUAUGGAGACCAUGGCUCGUUCUCCAGUCCCAACUACCCAGGAACAUAUCCCAACAACACCCACUGUGAAUGGGGCAUCAGAGCACCGAGAGGCCGUGUGGUGACCGUCACCUUUGCCCAGAUCAGUAUUGACGACCCUGGAGAUUGCCAGAACAACUUCUUGAAGUUGUAUAAUGGCCCAGACACCUCCUCGCUGCCUGUUGGACCCUACUGUGGGAUGGAAACCAACAUCGCUCCAUUCACAGCCUCGUCACAUCACGUUUACAUCGUUUUCCAAGCCCAGUACUCCACCCUGCCUUCAGGGUUCAGACUCACCUGGAGCAGCUGAACACACACACACACACACACACACACACACAUACACGCAAUAAGUUGCAGAUUUUUUUCCUAAUCACGUGUGGAUUUUCAAA